UAUAAAAUCUGUAAAUAUUGAAAACAAAAUCACGUGGAAGGGUAAAAUUUAAUAUUGUCAUUGGCAAACGUCUGAUUUGUCGUAGUGUGUAAUCAAUGAUUAAACAGAACUACAUUUUCAAUUUGACAGAAAUCAAAACAAUCGUUGCACGAAAAUGAUCGUCGUUCAGCUUUAAUUGAUGCAGUUGUUCGACAUCGAACUGGAAAUUAUAGUAUCAUCAAAAAUGAUGGGGAAAUUGUUUUCUUGUUUUCAUCGACAGAAAGACCGCCAUGAGGCUUAUAGUAAACGCCGUCGUAGACGAUCGAGUUUGGGACUUAUGCUACGAGGGGACCGCAAUCGGUGUCUACAAGAUAUGCUCCCUAUGGCAACACAACUUCCAGACGGUCGACAAGCCUACAUCGACUAUAUGACACAUGACCAAAUGACAGAAACCUACAAUCUUAUACAGACAUGCGCACAAGAAGGACAAGGGUUCGCAGUUGAUGAAUAUCCUACAGAAGAAGAGUUCAGAGAAGACAUAAAAGGAGGGGAUAGUUUUGCUAUAAUAUGUGACACAACCGGUGAAAUGAUAGCAGGUUUUAUUUUAGCCAUUAGCAAAUUUUACCGUGGAUCGGCAGGAGCUGUAGACCCAUUUCUUGUGGUGCGCAGUUCUGAACGGAAAAGGGGUAUUGGUGAAUUUAUCAUGAACAGAGUUAUUGAGUUUUCGAAGUAUUUAAACUAUCAAGGAAUUUAUGUGGACACAUUUAGUAACAAUGCUGCCUUAAUUCGUAUUUUGGACAAAGUUGGAGGAUUUACCAAAGUUGGAUAUCUUCCAUUAGGAGGAUUAAUGAAAAAUGGUUAUGCUGUGUCUUCCAUAGUUUACUACAAGGAAAUCUCUAAUAGUAAAGUUAGCUGAUAACAAACAACACACAGUAUUGACAGUGACAACGAUAAAUUGAUAGACAAAAUCUAAGAAGAACUUGACUUUGGAAAUAAUUAUAGUGCCUUAAAGUUUAACUUAC